UCGGGUAUUUUCACCAUGGCCCAAUACAAGACGCUCGAGAAUCAGGAUUCUGAUGUGGAGUGUGGCCCCACCCCCUCUCCGGCCGCCCAGGAUGGGCAGCAGGAGCGACCGAAGCCGGCACCGGAAAGCCCGGCGGCUGCCCAGAUGCUAACGGUGUCUGUUUUUAUGCUCCUUUUCCUCGGCUCCUCGUACUUCCAGCCGCGGCCACGUUUCCAGCAGUGGCGCGGGGGCAGAGGUCAUGGUCUGCACGACAGCAAGUAUGACUGCAACAUACAACUGGUAGAGACGAUACCCCAGAACCUGACAUAUCCUGCCGGCAGCCCGCAAUUCCUUGGCACCUACGAGGCCUGGCUUCAGUUGCUGGACAGCGCCAAGCAAACCUUGGACAUUGGUUCCUUCUAUUGGACUUUGAAAGCAGAGGACACGCCUGGAGUGAACGACAGCAGCACACAGCCAGGCGAGGACGUGUUCGCCAGGCUUUUGGCCAACGGAAAUGGCGGCAGCCGCACACCGAGGAUCAAGAUCCGUAUUGCCGAGAGCGAACCAUCCAGUGUGUCUCCUAACAUGGACACCAAUCAGCUGGCCAGCAAUGGAGCUGCUGAAGUGGUGAGCGUGUCGUUUCCCAAGUUUUUCGGCGGCGGCGUGCUGCAUACAAAGCUGUUGAUCGUGGACGAGGAGCACUUCUAUCUGGGGAGCGCCAAUAUGGAUUGGCGGGCCCUCACCCAGGUCAAGGAAAUGGGUGUGCUCGCCACGAACUGUCGGGCGCUGGCGCUUGACGUGAAAAAGAUUUUCGAGGCCUACUGGAUUCUUGGCCACACCAAAGACUCGCGAAUUCCGUCUUGGAACUGGAACUUGAAUACGAAUUUCAACCUCCAGUCGCCCAUGAAGAUAAAUGUGAACAAGAACACCACCAUGGAGGGUUUCCUCUCCAGCUCGCCACCACCCCUGUCGGCCAGAGGCCGAACGGAAGACCUGGACGCCAUAAUCAGCACUAUUGAUUCGGCCAUUACCUACGUGAACAUCGCAGUGAUGGACUAUUAUCCGUUGACCAUCUAUGAUCAGCGGCAUCACUAUUGGCCUUUCAUUGACGAUGCCUUGCGUCGUGCGGCUGUGGAGCGCGGCGUGGCGGUGAAGCUACUCAUCUCCUGGUGGAAGCACUCCAAUCCCAGCGAGGACAAGUACCUGAAGUCAUUGCAGGAUCUGGCAUCGAAAGAGGACAACAUCGAUAUACAAAUUCGUCGCUUUAUUGUACCCGAGGAUGAGAGUCAGGGAAAGAUCCCCUACGCCCGGGUCAACCACAAUAAGUACAUGGUCACCGAUCGAACGGCAUACAUAGGCACCUCAAACUGGAGCGGCGACUACUUCACGAACACUGCCGGUAUUGGCCUGGUGUUGAGCGAAACUCACGAGACGGAGCACACCAAGACGCUGAGGAGUGACUUGCGCGACGUCUUUGAGCGGGACUGGAACAGUGGCUACGCUCACAUGCUGAAAUGAGCAGACUUCAUCCACUCCACAUGUUUUAUAUUUGUUAAUUAUAUAAACUUUUAAUCCGGUACCGAAUUUAUUGAAAGUAUUUAGUUCACUCCUCACAA